AAUAAAUAUGCCCAAGCAGAAGUGAAUCCUACAGUGGUUGUUUUGAAAUGAUUAUAUGUUUAAAUGUCAAAUUUUGGAACAUGAAGGCAGAAUGAGAUAAGCAUCUGUAGCAAAAUUUAAAAAUAACAUCGCAUAUGCUGUUGUCAUGUACUCCCCGAUUGAUACUGUAUCACACUCAUUGCCACCUCAACCAGUUGGAAGAAUAUCAUAUAACUAUAAUAUUGCACAGGAAGAACUAUCCUAUGCCUCAAAUAGAACUCCUCCUCGUCCUUAUGUUGAAAUUUUAGAGCAACCUGUAUCUAUAGGUGCACGAUUUCGUUAUAAAUGUGAAGGACGUUCUGCAGGAUGUAUAAGAGGAAUUAACAGUUCAGAUAAACAAAAGACUUAUCCAACAAUAAAAGUUCAUGGCUAUCAGGGUGCGGCAGGUGUUGUGGUAUCUUGUGUCACAAAAGAUGGACCUCCUUAUUAUCCACAUCCACAUAAUCUAGUGGGAAAAACAUGUGCUAAUGGUGUUUGCUAUAAAUCUAUUAAUACUCCUGAUAUGGUAUGCAAUUUUGCCAAUCUUGGGAUACAAUGUGUCAAGAAGAAAGAUAUUAAAGAAUCUCUUUCUCAUAGAGAAGCUAUACAAGUAGAUCCAUUUGGAACUGGGUUUUCUCAUCAUUUAGAACCAAACAAGAUAAAUCUGAAUGCUCUUAGAUUAUGUUUUCAAGUUUUUUUACCAGAUGAGCAUGGGAAGUUAUGUAUUCCUCUUCCACCUGUGAUAAGCAAUCCUAUUUUUGAUAAUAAAACUAUAUCAGAUCUUACAAUAACUAAGUUAAGUCAUUAUUCUGCACCUGUCACUGGGGGCCAAGAAGUCAUUUUAUUGUGUGAUCAAGUUAAUAAAGACGAUAUUCAAAUUUUAUUUUUUGAAGAAAAUGAUAACAAAAUUGUUUGGUGUGAUCAUGGUAAAUUUGCACCUCAUCAUGUGCACCGUAAAGCUGCAAUUUCAUUCCAAACACCUGCUUAUAAGAACAUAAAUCUUCAGCAUUCUCUUGACUGUUUCAUUCAGUUAAGAAGGCCUUCUGAUGGAGCUGUAGGAAAACCGAGAACUUUCACUUUUCUUCCUUUGAAGCAAGAUCCUGAAGGUUUGGCAAGAAAACGUAACAAAUUUGAAGCUCUGCGCCUAGAUCGCAUUCUUCAACCAAAUAAUUUGCCCUCAAUUGCUAACCGCCCUGUUCUGCCCAGGGUUAUAAAGCAAGCUGUCAGAUCCAAAAAUUUUCAAAGUGGUGCAGUGAAUAAUUUUCAAAGAAAUUUUGUACCUGAGAAUGGUUAUCAGAUACAGCCUUCAUCAUCAAUGCAAGAUAUCAAUUUUAUUCCAAAUGUUAGUGCAAAUAGUCAAAAUCUGCACAAUUCCAAUCCCAUGGCUGGUGUAAGUAUGCCUUCCAAUUCUCAAUCAUGUUCCCCUCGCCAAAAGGUGGAAGACAUACUAGCAGUUGCCAAGGAACAGAUUGGCAUGAACAAUACUCAAGCAUUUUGUGAAACAACAAGUGAUGAAACUUUAGAUAAGCUGAGUAGCCUUGACUUGGGAAUUGAUCCCAAUGACUUAGAUGUUAAUUUAAGUGGAAUUACAUUGGAUUCUUUCUCUGAACCUUCGGGUAUGAAUUUUUCUUCAUCAAUUAUGGAAACAAAGAUGAUGCCUGAAAAACUGUAAUAUGCACUGAUUAAAAUUUGCUUUUAAAAAGUUAUGUUUGUUAUUGUUUGUCUUAUUAUAGUUUAUUCUUAUUAGAAGCAUUUAUAUUUUGGUUAAUAUGAAAGUAUAAAAUUGAAAAGUUAUUAUUAAUUUUCAAAAUUGUUUUUAUAGUGUUUUCUUUAGAGCUCUUAUUGUACAUAUAAUUAUAUGUAUAUGUGUGCUGAAUCAUGUUCAU